GGUUUUGGUUCGUUGUUGGUCCAUCGCUGUAUAACUCCCUUAAAUCAAAUCCCUCUCCCCACUGUCGUCUCUCUCUCUCUCUCUCUCAUGGCGUCUUCGCUCUCAGCUUGUAAUGGGCUUGCAGCUUCUUCUCGUUUUCCAUGGAAGAAGAACGGUAGUAGCAGUCUCUCCUCAGUGAGCUUGUCUUCAAACCCAAACAUCUCUCUGCAAUUCCUUGGUAAAAGCAGUCAGAGCCAUGUCAAGCAAUCCCUACCACAACUCACUUCCACUCCAAGGCCUCUCACUGUCAUCUCCAUGGCACCCCCUAAAUCUUCUGGUGGUAAACCCAAGAAAGUGACAGGGGUAGUUAAGCUGGCUCUGGAGGCUGGGAAAGCCACACCUGCACCCCCUGUUGGUCCAGCUCUCGGUGCUAAAGGUGUCAAUAUUAUGGCAUUCUGCAAAGACUACAAUGCAAGGACUGCCGACAAAGCUGGUUAUGUCAUCCCUGUUGAAAUUACUGUCUUCGACGAUAGAAGCUUCACUUUUAUCUUAAAAACUCCACCUGCUUCAGUUCUUCUCCUUAAGGCUGCAGGAGUGGAGAAAGGUUCAAAAGACCCGCAGUUACAGAAAGUUGGAAAGAUCACGAUUGACCAAUUACGUACAAUUGCAAAUGAAAAGUUGCCGGAUUUGAAUUGUUCAAGUAUAGAAUCUGCAAUGAGAAUUAUUGCAGGCACCGCAGCUAAUAUGGGUAUUGAUGUUGACCCUCCUGUUCUUGAACCAAAGAAGAAGGAACUUGUGUAGUCAUUUUGUUUCUUAUUUUGUUGCAAAUUGAUUAGGACUCUAUUUAGAAGCCUUUGCCCCAAAGAAAUGUGUUAUAUUUAUGUUGUAACAUUUUAGGUUUCCAAGUUAGGCCUUGAUGGUAAAUACACUGUUGGGCCGAGCUGACUUUAGUGGCGGCUAUUCAUUGCUUGAUUGUGCAUUUUUAGAUGAGUGACUGCUUGCGUGUAUUAAUCUUACGAGGUUUUUACAAUUAGAUAUUAUUGAGUGA